GGCUCUCUCCUUCUGCCUUGGUCUGCUCUUGGGACUUUGACAUUUCUCUUUGGACAUUGUAGGGGGAAUAAUGUCCGCGGCAACUCGACUCAAAGUCCUCCAGCAACAUCUAACCUCCGGAGUCACAACUGGUCCCACCUCUGGAGAAACCAUUCCACAUGCUCAUCCUGGAAGGCUCUGCUACACUUUGGAAAACAGAGUUCUGACCCCUGAGCAGAGACAGUUUUAUGAGGAAAAUGGAUUCCUCCUUAUUAAGAAGCUGAUUUCUAAUGAGAAUAUUGAGCUCUACAGAGAAGAGUUUGAGAAGAUUUGCCGGAGGGAAGUUGAGGUUCCGGGACUAACAAUAAUGAGGGAUGUAUCCAUUUCUAAAACGGAAUAUGUUCCAGAUCAACAAGCAAUUUCUAAGAUCCAAAGUUUUGAGAACAAUGAAACACUGUUUAAAUACUGCUGCUUGCCAGAGAUCUUGAAAUAUGUGGAGUGCUUUACAGGCCCCAACAUUAUGGCGAUGCACACCAUGCUGAUCAACAAGCCCCCCGACACGGGGACAAAGACAUCUCGUCAUCCCAUGCACCAGGAUUUGCAUUAUUUCCCAUUUCGCCCUGCGGAUCAGAUAGUGUGCGCCUGGACGGCCAUGGAGAGAGUGGACCGCAACAACGGAUGCCUUGUUGUACUGCCAGGGACUCACAAGGGGAGACUGAAACGACAUGACUACCCAGAGUGGAAGGAUGGUGUCAAUAAGAUGUAUCAUGGCGUGCGUGAUUAUGACCCCAGUCAUCCCAGGAUUCACCUCGUGAUGGAGAAGGGUGACACCGUAUUCUUCCAUCCUCUGCUCGUUCACGGAUCAGGAACAAAUCGGACUCGGGGCUUCCGGAAGGCGAUCUCGUGCCACUUUGCAAGUUCUGACUGUUACUACAUCGAUGUAAAGGGUACCACCCAGGAGAAUAUUGAGCAAGAGGUACUUGGGGUAGGCCGAAGGAAAUACAAUAUUGAUGAAGAUGUAACUUUGGUGGAUAUUUGGACCAUCAAAGGACGUCUUGUACAAGGAGAGAGAACUAACCUAUAGAUUAAAGGCUGGCAUCUGGUUCUGAGUAAUUGUCAGAGGGUGCUGUCUGAUUACAUCAAACGUCCCUUAUGUCAUCUGUCACAUUUAUGAUUCAUUAGCUAUUUGCACUUGCAAUUGAUAAUCUCAUCAUCCUCAGUGUAAUUUUAUAGACUUCAGAAUGACCUUGCCAGCAUACGUGCUAUCUGUGUUAACCUUUCAUGCGACAUUAGUUAUAUGUAAGGCAGCGCUGUGGUCAACUCAAAGAAUGUUUUGCAGUUUAGCUGUCUGUGAUUCACUGAGGCAUGCUGACUGUCCUGAUUGCACUAAUGUUGUUUGAUAUUAAUUUUAUUACGUUUCAAAUUCUCUAUCUGUUAAUUAAUAUUGCUGAGUGAUAUAAAAUUAAAUUUAUUUAAGACAGAA